UCUCUCCAAACAAAUUACUACAUCACAGUCACAGAGGCACAAACCAUACACCUUUCUCUUUGGUGAUGAGCAAGAGAAUCUAUGCUUGCUCACCAAGUGUUUGUUCCAUGGCCAAUGACAGGGUCCCGCACAAAACAAAACAAACGCAUACAAAAACAAUUCCUUUCCUCUUUUUCUCUCAAUAAAUAAUUCUAAAAGUUGUUUGAAGUAAACACUCUGUGGAAUUUUUUAUUACCUUUUAACGCCUCCGCCAAACAUACACUAGCUAACUCCUUCCUUCCCGUAGAGACAUCUCUUUUUUUUUUUUACUUAUAAAAUUACUAUUUAUGCUCGCCGGCGAUGCCCACGCCGGUCAGCUUAGCCAGGCAAUGCUUAACGGACGAGGCUGCGCGUGCUCUCGACGAUGCUGUUGCUGUCGCCCGUCGCCGGAGUCACACCCAGACUACUUCUCUCCAUUUGGUCUCUGCUUUGCUCGCUUUGCCGUCUUCUAUACUGCGCGACGCUUGUGCACGCGCCAGAAAUAGUCCUUGUUCUUCGCGCCUACAGUUUCGCGCGCUUGAGCUUUGUGUUGGGGUCUCUCUCGAUCGCUUGCCAUCGUCGAAAACCCUAGACGAACCUCCAAUAUCGAAUUCACUUAUGGCGGCAAUCAAAAGGUCGCAGGCUAAUCAACGGAGGCACCCUGAUAACUUCCACUUGCAGCAAAUACACUGUAACCAGCAACCAGCGUCGGUUUUGAAGGUCGAGCCUAAGCAUUUUAUUUUAUCCAUUUUGGAUGAUCCGAUUGUGAGUCGGGUGUUUGGCGACGCCGGGUUUCGGAGUUGCGAUAUUAAGUUAGCCAUUAUCCACCCGCCGGUGAUGCAGGCUUCGAAAUUCUCGCGUACCAGGUGCCCGCCGAUUUUCCUUUGUAAUUUGACUGGUUUGGACCCCGGUCGACCCGGUUUGAGCUUCCCGUUUAGUGGGCCCCAGGAUGGGGAAGAGAACUGUAGGAGAAUUGGUGAGGCUUUAGUGAAAAGAAAUGGGAAAGGGAAAAACCUGUUGCUUCUUGGUGCUUGUGCUGGUGACGCUUUAAAUAGAUUUAUCGAAUGUGUAAAUACAGAUGGAGGAGGAAUUUUGCCCAGCGAGAUUGCUGGAUUAAGCGUAAUAUCUAUUGAAAAUGAGAUUAUUGAGUUCGUUAGCGGAGGGAACGAUAGAGAGAAGAUGGGUUUCAAGUUUGAGGAGUUAAGGCAAAAACUGGAGCAGUGUUCGGGCCCGGGUAUGGUGUUGAGUGUUGGAGAACUGAGGGCUUUGGUCGACGAGAACGUGUCCAGUGAUGCUUUGAGUUAUUUGGUUUCGAAGUUGACGGGUUUAUUGGAGGGUUUUAGAGACAAGUUGUGGUUGAUGGGAGCUGCAGCAAUAUAUGAAACAUAUUCCAAAAUUUUGGGGCAGUUUCCAGCUAUAGAAAGGGAUUGGGAUCUUCAUCUUCUACCCAUCACUUCUUCUAAAAGCCCUAUUGAUUGUUUUGGCUCCAAAUCUAGCUUGAUGGGGUCUUUUGUUCCAUUUGGUGGUUUCUUCUCUACACCAUCUGAUCUCAAAUAUCCAUUGCGCAACGUAAACCAGUCCAUCACACGAUGUCACCUUUGCACUGCAAAGUAUGAGCAAGAAGUUGCUGCACUGCUGAAGAUGGGAUCUACAGUUUCAGUUGCAGAUCAAUACUCAGAGAACUUACCUUCUUGGUUACAGAUGGCUCAACUUGACAAAGGCAAGGGAUUGGAUGCAGCUAAGACCAAAAAUGAUGGAACAACAUUGAAUACUAGAAUUUUGGGGCUGCAAAAGAAAUGGAAUGAUAUUUGCCAACGACUUCAUCAUGCUCAGCCUUUCUCCAAAUUUGAUAUUCCCCAAGACAGGUCCCAGGCAUCAAUCGCAGAGGGCUUUCAAUAUGUUGCAGAUAGGAAGGAAAGCAGCAGCAGUAGCUGCAGCAGAGAUUCAUCACUUAAUGAGAAUCCAUGUGCAAAUCUAAGCCUUGGUGUUCUUGUGGACUUGCAAAAUGUUUUUCCAAAAAAACAUAGCAUCCCAAUAACGGUAGCUUCUGAAGCUGAGAAUGUUAAUUACCAAUCUAAGCUACUCAAAGAAGCAUCUAAAAGUCAGCAAAAAGAGAAAGAUAGUCCUUGGUUUACCCAUUUCACUUUGCCCCAUAUGAGUCUGCCUGCUGACCACACAUCAUCUUCAUCUGUUACUUCUGUGACCACAGAUUUGGGGUUAGGAAUACUUUAUGCAUCGAGUUCCCAGGAGACGAAUACUCCAAAAUUGUGUGAUCGUGGAGAACAUUUUCAACAAUUCUCAGGUUUUAAUACUUUUGAAUUUGGAGUUGGUGAGAGUACUUCACGUCAGAUCUUACAAUCUUCAUGUUCUAAUCCUUCUUCAGGAGGUCAUUUUGAUUCAAGGGAUUACAAGUCAAUCAGGAAAGCUCUUAUUGAAAAAGUUGGGUGGCAAGAGGAUGCCAUAUGUUCUAUUAGUCAAGCCAUAACUCGUUGCAAAGCAGGAUAUGGAAGACGCCGGGGCUCAACUGCGAGAGGAGAUAUUUGGCUUAGUUUCAUUGGACCUGACAAAGUUGGAAAGAAAAGAAUUGCUUCCACGCUUGCUGAGAUAAUUUUUGGUAGCCAAGAAAACCUAGUCUCCGUUGAUUUGAGCUUCCAUGGUGGGGUUAGGCCGUCAAACUCUGUCUUUGAAUGCCAAGAGUUUAAUGACUACGAUGUGAAAUUUAGGGGGAAGACAAUUGUUGAUUAUAUUGCAAUGGAGCUGAGCAAGAAGCCCCAUUCUGUCGUAUUCCUUGAAAACGUAGAGAAGGCCGAUUGUCUGGCGCAGACUAGCUUGUCCCAGGCUGUGAGAACAGGUAAAUUUCCAGAUUCACAUGGGAGAGAAAUCAGCAUCAACAAUAUGAUUUUUGUGACAACAUCAACAAUUGCAAUGGGUAAUAUAAAGUUUCAGCCACAGAAGGAACCUAUUAAGUUAUCUGAAGAAAACAUUCUUCGAGCCAAAAGCUGGCAAAUGCGAAUGUUAACUGAACCUGUUGCUGAGUGUGCCAGCUUAAGCAGUGAAAUGAAUGUGAAGAUUUCAAGAAAAGUAACCUCCAGUGCGUCAUUUGAGAAUAAAAGAAAACUGGAUGGAAUCACCAAAUCUGCAGAAGAGGAAUUCAGUUACGAGGCUAAGAAACGGGCACAUAAAGUGUUGGGAUCCUCUCUGGAUUUGAAUCUCCCUGUGGAGGAGACUGAAGACAACACCAAUUCUGGUAGUUGUGACAGUGAUUCCAUCUCUGAAAACUCAACUUGGUUGGAAAAUUUCAUUGAACAAGUGGAUGAAAAGGUAUUAUUCAAGUCAUUUGAUUUUGAUGCUCUUUGUGAGAAAAUAGGGAGGAAAAUCAGUGUACAAGUUCAGAGGGCAUUUGGAUCUGAGAUUUUACUGGAGAUUGAUGAUGAAGUCAUGAUGCAAAUAACUGCAGCUUCUUGGUUAUGCACCAGAAGCAGAGCAAUGGAGGACUGGAUCGAAAGCGUCCUCGGUAGGGGCUGCAGUGAAGCCCGGCAGAAGUACCACAGUAAUGCUCAGUAUGUUGUAAAACUAGUUUCUUGUAAAGGCCUUUUGGUGGAUGAGCGAGCUCCUGGAAUAUGUCUACCUUCCAGAAUUAAUCUGUAAACUGAUUUUUCUUGCUUACCAAUGUUUCUUGUAAAAUAUAUGUAUAAUGUAGCAUUUAGCAUAUAGCUUCAGCACAUGAAAUGCGUUUUUUGGUUAAUUAAAGCCAUAAAGUUUUAGGGUAUUUGUUGUCCUGUUGUAUUGAAUGUAAGUAUCUAAAAAAAAGGGAAAAAAAAGUGGGAAGAAUCUAUAAUUUUUUUCUAAUUGGGCAAGUUCUAGGGUCCUUCAGUCUCUGCUUUGCCAUGAAAAUGGACACUGCAAGUUUUGAGGCUGAAUGAGAAGUCUCUGUUGUUGGUCAGAAGUGGAAAGGAGAUUGUGAAGUUUGCUUUUGUUGUGCACUUUGGAAGCGUGUAAACCAAUCUCAUUCAUUAAUUGAAGAGAUGAUUCUUUAUGCUAUCAUUGAACGUAUUCCUCAA